GGGAACUGAAUUAAAUCUGUCAGUCAUUUGAUACAAUUACAAGGGCUGGUCAUUUUCAUCUGCCAUUAGUAUUUUAGAGAGGAAGGUCCAAAAAUGAUGCCAUUAGCAUUUUGAUCUGCCAUUUUGAUCAGUCGUUUGGCAAAAAUAAUGCAAGGAUGAGUCUUUCAAUGGGAUGGUAAGUAACAAUCAUUAUAAAAGAAGUAUAUCUUAAAAAGAAGCAAAUAAUCUAGCCAGUAAAUCCAAACACUUCCAGUCAACCAUUUCUUCUUGUAUCUUCAUCCAUUCAUGGAACUCUUCCAAUGUGCUCUACUUAUGAUUCUAUUAUUGAUUUUCGUAAUUUGUCACCUCCAUCGGAAACAGAACCAAAAGCUAUUGCUGCCAAGCCCGCCGGCUCUUCCGAUUUUAAGCCAUCUCCGUCUCCUUAAACCCACCCCUCAUCUGGCCCUACAAUAACUCUUCACUAAAUAUGGUCCUCUAAUUUCCCUUCGUUUUGGAGUUUGCCCUAUGCUCCUUGUUUCUUCUCCAUCCCUAGCAGAGGAAUGCUUCACUAAGACAUAAGACAUCAUUUUCGCUAACCGGCCGGAUUCCACCUCCGGCAAAAUCCUAGGCUAUAACAAUACCACCCUUAUAUUCGCACCUUACGGAGUUCACUGUCGGAAUCUCCGUCGUAUAACCACCAUUCAUGUUUUCUCUUCGAUUAGUCUUUACCGUUUCUCCUCUGUUUGGACAGAGGAGAUUCGUUUCGUGCUUGAAGAGUUACAAUUUGGGUCGGGAACAUUGAGUUCUGACAGCAGCUGGAAAGUUGUGAGCUUGAAUACACUGCUCAAGAAAUUGAUGCUGAAUGUUAUGAUGAAAAUGGUGGCCGGAAAAAGAUGGUCCAGCCGAUUCAUUUAUACCGCAAGAGGUCUCGAAUUUGUGCGAUUACAUUCCAAUUCUGAGGUGGAUUGGAUAUGGAGGAUUGGAGAAGAGUGUGAUGAAAAUACAUGAGGACAGAGAUAACUCUCUUCAGAAUUUAAUUGAUGAAGCUCGAUCAUCAUCGACUCAUGAUGAUGAUAAACUGGAUGGUACAAAUCCUUCAUCAGGGCUCAAAACAGUCGUUAAGAUUUUGCUGUCUCUGCAAGAAGAUGAUCCCGAAUACUACAAUGAUGAUAUUCUCAAAGGAAUUCUCCUAACAAUGCUUUCCGCUGGGACACAUACUUCAGCACACACAAUGGAAUGGGCAAUGUCAUACAUGUUAAAUCAUCCUGAGGUACUGGAGAAGGCAAAAACUGAACUGGAAAACAACAUCAACAUACAACAACCAGGAGAUCUUAUUACUGAUACAUCUAUUGUCAACUUGACUUACUUACAUUGCAUUAUCAACGAAACGCUUCGGCUUUCGCCUCCGGCCCCAACUCUAGUCCCACAUUAUUCAUCCGAGGAUGGUACCAUAGGAGGAUUCAGAAUCCGGAAAGGAACAACUUUGAUGGUAAAUGCUCGGGCUAUCCAUCGGAAUCCUAAUGUUUGGAAAGAACCCGACAAAUUUAUUCCUGAAAGAUUUGAAGGAUUUGAUGAUCCUGGAGGAAUUAUUCAUGAAGGGUCCUCCAAGUUCUUACCUUUUGGUAAAGGGAGGAGAGCUUGUCCUGGAGCUGCUAUGGCGAUGAGGCUGGUCGGGAUGACAUUGGCGGGGUUGAUUAUGAACUUUGAAUGGAAAAGAAUUGGGACUGAAAUGGUAGAUUUGGAAGAAAAACUUGAGGGAACUUUGGGCAAAUCCAAGCCUUUGUAGGCACUUUUCAAGCCUGGCGAAUUGGUCUGUUUGGCCAGUGUUUUGCUAUUCGGGCCACGAGAGAUGUGAGUCUUGGUCCAGGAGUUUUGGUGGAUUUAUAUGAUUAUGACUGAGGUUCUAAGGCCCUAAAAUAGUCCAAAAUUAGCCAAAAUAUGUUUGGGAUCAAUAUGGGUUAGUUGAGUGUGAAUAAUUUCAGAAUUGGAGAAGGAAAGUAUAAGUUAAGUAGGAAUAGAAUUGUUCCAGAAUCGGCUGCGUGAUUAAUUGGUAAUUAAGGAAGAUUCUUCCUUAUUUCUUAUUCCUUUUAAUAAGGGAAAUUACCAGUAAUUAAAGAGAUAUUUGAGAAAGGAUUCUAUUACCAAAUUAAGAGCUGAUUGUGAG